AUGACUCCCUCCCCAUCUCUUGAAUACGAGCGCUGUCUCGACGAAGCGCUAGCCGACUCGAGAUUCCUGCAAGUCUUAGCGGGGAAUCUCCUCGGAAGCCUUCAACGCAAGCAGUACGAGCUGCAGCAGACCUCUCCAUACGAAGAUGAUCCCGUGUCGGCUGCGACUACCUUGCAAAGCAUCGAGGACCUCAUCACCUCCCUCCAAAGCAUCCGCCGCGACAUCGACGCCAACAUCGAGUCCUUCUACAACACCCCCGCCAAAACAUUCCUCCAGUCCAACAUCGAACAACUCACCGCCAUCUACCAGCUCUGGUACAUCCUCCCCAAGCUCCGCCCCUUCAUCCCCGACUCGGCAUCCGACUCGCCGGGGUCCGAAGAGCAGUGCAACAUCACGUACAGGACCAGCCCUGCCGCGGAGAUCCAGGCAUGGAGGGAGACGAAAAAGAGCGUGAGCGCGAGUGCUUGCUUCGACCGAGAGCCGAGGUCGCUGUCCGUGGUGCCGCCGAGUCGGAUGUUGGAUCGGGAUGUGAAGGAAAUUCAAGACGGAAGGGCGAUGCAUGAGGGCGGAUUCGGAAUCUUUUAUCAGCCUUGA